AUGCCUUUUGACCUUACCAAUGCUCCUUCCAUGUUUCAAGGGUUAAUGAAUGAAGUAUUUAAGCCUUAUCUAAGGAAGUUUGUUCUGGUAUUUUUUGAUGAUAUUCUUAUCUAUAGUAAGACACUGCAAGAGCAUUUACAGCAUUUGAAGAUGGUUCUAGAACUUCUACAGUCUCAUAGAUUUUUUGCUAAGGCUUCUAAGUGCACCCUUGGAAGCAAGGAGGUGGAAUAUUUGGGGCAUCUAAUUUCUAAGGCAGGAGUCAAAGUAGACCCACAGAAGAUAAUUGCCAUGCAAGGAUGGCUUGUUCCAACAAAUCCCAAAGCCCUAAGAGGAUUUCUAGGCCUCAUAGGGUAUUAUCGGAAAUUUGUACAGGGAUAUGGAAUAAUUGCAGCACCCCUAAUAGCACUCUUGAGGAAGAACUCAGUUGUAUGGACAGAGAAGGCACAAAGGGCUUUCAAUCAAUUAAAACAAGCAAUGAUCAACCCCCUAGUUCUCAGGGUACCAGAUUUCUCUAAACCAUUUGUGGUGGAAUGA